AUCAGAUACAAUAUGUAUCUGUUACUAACCAGGUUUCAAUCCACCCUUUUUAUGCGAGUCAAGUAACGUUACAUGUAAUGUAAUGACAGGCCUGAUGGAAACAGCAACAUUUUCGGUAAACUUUCCGAAUGUCGACAAAACAAAAUAUGCUAGACAAGGUGGAAUAUUUUUGUGUCGGUAAAGGUAAUGUCGGUGGAAAGGCUUUUAUGCGAAAAUAUUUAUAUAAUAACCAUUAUAUCGAAGUAAAGUUGGAGUCACGCGUUGACAUGUUGUGUGGUCCUCCAACUAGGACUUGUCGGAAAAGCAUGCCGUUUUUAGGCUAGAUGUAAGUUCUGAUAGAUUUCACAGGGUGGUGAAAAUGCACGAUGAUGAGCUUGAUGCUCCUUUCCAAUAAAUAUCGAGGGUUUUAUUCUGGUGACAUGACAAUCGAUGCUUGGCGGCCGUUUGACAAAUAAAAACAAUCUCGCGCUUUUGUCCAUAAAAAAAUGUUGAUUUCUAUCCAUAACAGUUCAGCUUUCACGACAACUGGGAAUUCGGAAAAAUACGAGGUCUAAUCAUGACGUCAGUGAUCUUCAGGUCGGAAAGUCGGAGCUCUAGAAAAUAAUCCGAGUUCCCGAGUUGAAUUCUGAGUUGGAUGACCGUUUAAAACGAUAUUUCCCAGUCGGGGCUAGUUAAAAAAAAAGAGUUUCCAGUUGUUUUAAACGCAAUGAGGUCCGAAGUCGGAGAUUUCCGAGUUGCCAGUUUCGAGUUCCUAGUUGCUUUGAACGCGGCAUAACUAACAGCGCGCACAUAGCGCAUUUGGCUAGAGUACACGUGCCAGUUAUAGAGUGGGCACACUCGCUAUAAUAUAACGCAGACAUUGUUGUGGGAGUUGAAAAUGCGAUGGAAACCCAUUUUAUUAACUUAUAUUGUUUAUUCAGUACACGGUAAUUUAACAGUAAAAGUUAUUUUUAUGGGUACUGCGUCAUCAAGCAAAGUCAAUUUGAUAAAAACAUAUCUUCUGGAAAAAUGCGCAUAUAAUCUUUCUCCAAUUUCGAUGGAAACCUAGGUACUGGAAGACUAAAUCGUGUACUUACUCUAUUUGAACAGGAAUUUCUGAGAUAUCCUUAUCACCAAAUGAUAAGGCUGAACAGCUUUUACAUGGCACAGAAUAAAUUAGGAUAUAAAUGCUAAUAAAUGUACACCUAACAGUUUUCAAGAUAUUGAUGCUUGUUUAUAACAUUUUCCGAGGGUUAUUUACGUUUUUCCAUUGGUCACGUGUCUGCACUCCAGUCCGUCAUUGUCAUGUCAACGGUAAACAGAGGAGAAGGUGAGUUGAAGAGGCAGAAGCAGUCCGUUGGUUUACUUUGUAGUUUACAGGAGCCAAGAGAAACGACUAGCUAAACAUGUCGGAUGUUGGAUCAGAGGAUUUUGAUGAUGAUCAGGGUUACCUUGGGGAAUAUGAAGGGGACCGAAAUGAAGCUGGAGAGAGACAUGGGGUCGGGAGAGCUGUCCUACCCAAUGGAGACACUUACCAAGGAAUGUAUGAAAACGGGAAAAGGUCUGGCCAGGGGACAUACCGAUUUAAGAAUGGGGCCAGGUACAUUGGAGAAUAUUACCAGAACUUGAAGCACGGACAGGGUAUCUUCUACUACCCAGAUGGAUCCAAAUAUGAAGGCAGCUGGGUUAAUGACCAGCGCCAGGGCCAUGGCCUCUACACAUACCCCAACCAAGACACAUAUGAAGGAGAGUGGUUACACCAUCAAAGAAAUGGACAAGGUAUAUACCACUACAACGACACAGGUUCCAGGUACAUGGGCACGUGGGUGAUGGGCAAGAUAGAGUCAGCAGGAGAAUUCAUCCACCUGAACCACAGAUACCAGGGCAACUUCCUCAACAACAAUCCAUUUGUGUUUCAGCCCUCAGGCCCAGGGAAGUAUGUGUUUGAAAUUGGCUGUGAGCAGCAUGGAGAAUACCUACAGGUGGAUCAGCCUGCAUCAGAUGAGGAGAAUGGUAAACAUGGGAAAGCCCAGAAGUCCAGGUCUCCCUACCCUGGCCAUGGGGAGGGCUAUUUCUCCAUAGGGGCUUCAGGAGAGGAGGACAGAGGGGAUGCCGAGGAGGAUGAGAUAGUAUCCACCAUGGCCCUGAAGUGGAAGCCCAAGGCUGUCACGGGCCUGUCCCUCUGGACCCCAGCCAAAGAUCCAUCCUCGGACGGAGAAGGACUGGCCUCCGCAGACGAGAAAGGGGGAUCCAAACCUCCCACUCCAGAGACCUGAGACCUUGCCAGAUUCACAGCUUAUGCACAGCAAAUACACAUUUCAAUAAUAAAUACGUCUCUCUCAUAA